UUGCCAGAUGAGAGAGAAUUUCAAUAUGCUGCUAAAAUUAACAAUUUGGAAACCAUGGAAAAGCUGUUUAAAAAGAAUGUUAAUUUAAAUGCUGUAGAUACUCUGAAGCGCACUGCGUUCCAUUUUGCUGUUGCGGGAGGUCAUGUAUCAGUGGUGGAUUUUCUUCUUCAUCACAAGGCUAGGCUUGACAUAUCAGAUCAGCAUGGCCUGACAGUGAUUCAUCUUGCAGCUUGGACUGGAAAUCUGGAUAUAAUGCGAAAAUUAGUUAAAGCAGGUGCUGAUCAAAAGGCUAAGAAUGAGGAAGGAAUGAAUGUACUGCACUUUGCAGCUCAGAACAACAGCGUUAAAAUAGUUGAUUAUUUUCUCCAAGAACUUCAUCUGAAUGACUUGAACAAGCCUGAUGCGAAAGGUAAAAAGCCAUUUCUUCUGGCUUCUGAGAAAGGCCAUGUAGACAUGAUAAACAAUUUGAUUGCUCUGAAACUGUUCACAUCUGAAAAAGAUAAGGAGGGAAACACAGCAUUGCAUUUAGCAGCCAAAAAUGGUCACAGUGAAGUUGUAGAAAUUCUGCUUGAACAGUGGGAGGAAAUAAAUGACCUCAAUCAGAACGGAGAAACUCCAUUUUACUUGUCUGUUAAAGGAGGUCAUGAAAAAUGUGCUGAACUCUUACUGGAUGCAGGGAGUGACAUCAAUGUUUUAACUCAGAGGAUUAUGAUUCCGAAUGAUAGCAGUGCUUUGCAGGUUGCAAUUCAGAAUGGACAUCUAUCCUUGGUUACUUUUCUUAUUGAUAAGAAUAUUGACCUGGUUCCUAAACCCGAGCAGAAGAAUUCCCCUCUCCAUUUAGCAGUCAUCGGUAACAAUCUACCAGUAGUAAAAAGCCUUUUGGAUGCCAAUCAUGAUAUAAACUCCUUAAACAAUAGGCAGGAAACCCCUCUGCAUUUGGCAGCUGAUCUUGGUAAUGUGGAGUUGGUGGAAGUGCUGCUUAAGGCAGGAUGUGAUCUCAAGGCCAUGGAUAAGCAUGGAAAAACUGCACUAGCUGUGGCAUCAAGGAGCAAUCAUGCCCUCAUUGUAGAUAUGAUCAUUAAAGCAGAAAGGUAUUACACCAUGAAACAGACACAUCUAGCUCAUAGCGAUGAUGGCUCAGACUUCAGCUUUUCCUUCAAACAAGAUCACAGUAUACAGACCAAGCAAAUCCGUUCCUCCCUUUGGAAUCUAGCGUACAACCACUUAAAACCCCGUGAAUGGAAAAAACUGGCCAUAUUCUGGAAGUUCACAGAUGAACAAAUUAAAGCCAUUGAAGAACAGUGGACAGGGAAAAAAAGUUACAAGGAACAUGGAAACAGAAUGUUGCUCAUCUGGUUACAUGGGACGCUGCUGGCUCAUCAGAAUCCUGUCAAACAUCUAUAUGAAGAUCUCAUGACAGCAGGAUUUCAGCCUUUAGCUGAGAAGAUCAGAACUUCAAUUAGCACUGGCAUGGACUCCAGAAAAUGUGCAGUUUCAUGAGUUCAUCAAUAAAACAUGGCAUAUAUGGUGGAAUUA